AUGAACUCGACGAUCUGGACUGUGGAUAGUUAUGAAGAAGCUCUUGCCAAAAACAUUGUGAUUGUUUCUCUCGGCCUUAUCAUUAAUUUCAUUAACGGAAUGCUGGUGGUGACUUUCUUCUCCAAUCCAAUGUUUUCAAGAGACUCCAGAUACAUUUUAUACAUUCACCUGGUAAUCAAUGACAUGCUCAUGAUAUGCAUAUCAGUGACUUUAUACGUGCUGACCUACGCUUCACCACUUGUGGAUUUUUCAUUGUGUUGCAUAUUGGUGGUUCUUGGCACAACCACGUUUAUGAUCACUCCACUGAAUCUGGCCGGUAUGGCAAUAGAGCGUUUCAUUGCUAUCUGUAAACCACUGCAUCACACUCAGAUUUGCACACCACAAAGGACCUACAUCUUUAUAUGUUUGCUGUGGGUUAUAGCAGCUAUACGUUCUUUAGCAGAUAUCACUAUUUCACUUCUAACGCAACCCAUAUCUUUCUUCAGAUCAUUUGUACCUUGCUACCCAAUUUAUGUGUUCCCUUCCAAAGUCCACCAGGACAACACAACAGCUUCACAAGUCAUCUGUAUGUCAUUGGUGUGGAUAAUUCUCAUUUAUACUUAUUGCAGAGUCCUGUUCACUGCCAGAAAGGCCGUUUCACAGGGUUCAGCAAAUAAGGCUCGGAGUACGAUAUUGUUGCAUGGUGUCCAGUUACUUCUUUGUAUGCUUUCUUAUAUCACUCCUUUUAUGUUUAUACUUAUUACCCCUUUUUUCCGUCUUCACCAAACUAAGAUCACUUUCGGUAUUUAUCUGUUUACUAAUAUUAUGCCAAGAUUACUGAGUCCUUUAAUAUAUGGAGUCAGAGACCAGAAGUUUGCGAAACAAAUGAAGGAAUACUUUACUUGUAACGUUAUUAUUGUAAGGAUAGUACCAUCACAAUAA